AUGUCUCCCCUUAACUCUACUUCCACCCGAAAGCGCGGUCGGCCCCCCAAGUAUCAGUCUGCAGAAGAGCGACAGGCCGCGAAGAUAACACGACAACGAAAUCAGCGACAAGCCGCCCAAGCGGCUAAACGCAACACCUUCUUUGAUGAAUACUACUCGGCCGGUCCAUCUGCAACUGGUGAACGCCCGAUCGCUCUUGUUCCUGGCAUAGCGGCGUUGUCGGUGACCCAUGAACUGGAAGAGUUGCUCCCGCCGUUAAGCCCCAAUCCAGCUCCUCUGGAGCUCGAAGAUAGCUCUAUCCUAAUUGACGAGCCGCCUCUAGAGCUCAACAGUCUCGAACCUGCCGCUAGUCCUACCCCUAACCUUCCCGAACAGUCCCGACCGACGCACAGUGAGCCCCUCGAGGGUGAUCUAUCAAAUUUAGAAACCGGAAGCCCUGCCCCAGCGGCUGCCGAGGAUGGCGAGGAUGUUUGCACGCUGGCACGCGUGCUGGCCGACCAGCUAUAUCAGCAUCACGGCUGUUGUCGGGAGUGCUAUGAGCAGGCCUGCGCGGCGCACCAAGAGACGCAUUCGGUUUAUACCGGGCUGGGGGAGUAUGUGGACCAGAUUAAUAUCGCUGGCGACUUCCCGGAUGUGCUGGGCUCGGCUACAAUCGCGGCCCGCGAGUCCAAUCUCGCCCAGCAAGUCACCAAGGCACGAAAACAACAGAUCUACUGCGGCAUCGAUCCUCACAAGCCCGAUGAAUCCCCAACGCAUCUCUGCGUGGCAGCCGACCAUCGUCCCGAUCCUUCCUUGGGCGUGACUGUUGAUAUCGAUAGCGUGGGUGGGUUUGUCAGUAGUCUGGCGGUAGCUCGUCGGGGGAUCCGAUGGCAUCCUACGCAGAUGGCGGUGUCCGACCUCCAGUCCAGCCUGCAUAUAGAUCCGGUUUCAGUCCAGUAUUUCGACUCCACCGGGCAGGCCCACCAUGUUCGCCGGCCGGUCCAUCAAGUCCCGCACUAUACCUUUGGUCGUCUGAUUGGAUUCGAAGAUCUCUCUCUGUAUCUGCUCUUUCCCCGACUGUACCGGGAAGAUCAGCAAUCCAGCCGUCUGCUAGACCAGGAUUUCCAGCAAUGGACGGACGAAAUCCUCCUCCCAAUCAUCAAUCGGUGUUAUUCCGGCGACCUAAUCCAGCACUACCCCUCUAGCUUUGACCAUAGCCGGCUGAACGCAACCGCCCGGGGAGUAGAAAUGCGGUCCCAGCGAGUGGAUCCCAUCCCCCGCGAGCAGCUCCUUGCCUACUUUCUUCCUCCCGAGGCGCUUCCUACGAUCUGGGAACAGAUUCUAGAGGCGACCCACCGCCCCGGAUUCCACCAGUUUCAGGAUCUCAAGAUUCUGAUCGAGGGGAAAAACCUAAAGACCUUGACUAAGGCAGACACAUUAGCCGAUCUCAUGGCGGGCUUUCAACAACACUGGCAGAACGCUAUUAAUGAGGACUAUCUCGCUGAGCCGUUCUUCUACGACCUUGGAAAAGAAACCUGCCCAACCACGGCGAGCGAGCGAGAGAGGCCGCCGCAAUCUUUACUCUGGCGGCGUUGUUGCCUGAACGCGUAUAGCCAGUGGAUCCAUAGCAAGCAGCCAGCGGACGCGCCCCAUGCUCUGCAGCACUUCUACCCAAUCAGUAUGCUAGAAGACACCGGCAGCCUGACGUUAGAGACCCGGCGAACAUCACCGCAGCGGCGGGCCGGUCUCUAUUAUAGUCAAUUCUACGCUAGUGUGAAAGAGGUCUUCGCCGCCGGCAAUACAUAUCCAUUUACCAAUACUGCAACGGAGACCUUGGCGCUGGAUCCCCAGCUUCGCAAGACGUGGCAGACCGUUGGCGGUGGUCUUAGCCAUAAUCCGAUCGCGCUCAACCGGGCCUAUCUCACCACAAAGCAACGGUGCCAUGCUGCGUUACAAGGAUCGGUCCCUAAGGUCUUUGGCCUGCGCGAAGAGCACCGG